CUGCUGCACCCACCCCCACCCUGCCCGGCCCUUUCUGCACCGUCAUCUCCUGCCCCGCCGAUGCUCGACCCGUGAGUGGGGCCGCCCGAAACGGGCCGAACCCAGAGCACCACUCCACCCGGCUGGGGGAGGGAAAGGAAACCGAGAUUGGGCAGAAUCAGCGCCCAGCCACCAGCAGCCACACUCGGAGUGCAGCCCUGACCAUGGGCAACGCGCAGGAGCGGCCGUCAGAGACAAUCGACCGCGAGCGGAAACGCCUGGUGGAGACGUUGCAGGCGGACUCGGGGCUGCUGUUGGACGCGCUGCUGGCGCGGGGCGUGCUCACCGGGCCCGAAUACGAGGCGCUGGAUGCACUGCCUGAUGCCGAGCGCAGGGUGCGCCGCCUGCUGCUGCUGGUGCAGAGCAAGGGCGAGGCCACCUGCCAGGAGCUGCUGCGCUGCGCUCAGCUUACGGCGCGCGCGCCGGACCCCGCCUGGGAUUGGCAGCACGUGGGCCCGGGCUACCGGGACCGCUACUACGACCCUCCGUGCCCUGGCCAUUGGUCUCCUGAGGCACCCGGCUCAGGAAACGCAUUCCCCGGGCUGCCCAGAGCUUCAGACCAUGACCAGGCUGGGGGCCCUGAGGGCUCCGAGGCGGUGCAAUCCGGGACCCCAGAGGAACCAGAGCCAGACCUGGAAGCAGAGGCCUCUGAAGGAGCUGGGCCGGAGCCAGAGUCCCAUCUAGAUCAGGAACCAGAACUGGAGACAGAACCAGAACCCCAGAUGGAUCCGGAACCGGAUGCAGAACCGGAGCUGGAGCCCGACCCCGAGCCGGAGCCUGACUUCGAGGAGGGGGACGAGUCUGAAGAUUCCUGAAGACCAGAGCGCUGAUCGGCUGUUCCCUGCCCAAGGUGCAUAGGAGCUGGGAUCCUGCUGGAGCUAGAUCGGAUCCCACCAAGAGUUCCUCCAACCCAGAACCUCUGGCAGUGAAUAAAUUCCAGGUUGGCCUGGGCCUGACUCUCUUCACAAUUC